CCCACUAACCCGCCAAGUUGUUUGCUUGCAUAUUCAGUUCUGCAUCAGACAUACAAGAAAAACCGUCAGCCAUGUCUGGAAGAGGAAAGGGUGGCAAGGGGCUUGGAAAGGGAGGUGCCAAGCGACACCGUAAGGUUCUGAGGGAUAACAUUCAGGGAAUAACCAAGCCCGCGAUUCGCCGUCUCGCUAGACGUGGUGGCGUUAAACGUAUCAGUGGUCUCAUCUACGAAGAAACUCGUGGUGUUCUCAAGAUCUUUCUCGAGAACGUGAUCCGAGACGCUGUCACCUACACCGAGCAUGCUCGCCGCAAGACUGUCACUGCCAUGGAUGUUGUCUACGCUCUCAAGAGGCAGGGCAGGACUCUCUACGGUUUCGGUGGUUAGAGAAUUGGGGAUUUCUACAAUGUUUUGGAAAUUAGGGUUUCUUAUAAUGUUAAUUUCCCUGUUGAUAUUGCUCAGUGUUUCAAGAACUGUUCUUGUUUGGCUUUGAGUUGUAGCCCUGACAAUUAUUAAUGUGAAUCAGAAUGUAUUGGACUUUUUCAAGGGAAAUUCAUUGUGCAUUUUAAUUUCUUGUUA